AUUUAUUACAAACCGCCCGUUAAAAACACACUUUAGUGUAACUGUGAUUUAUCACACACGUAUUUCACCGCCUCUACCGUUUGGUACAAACGGAAAGCGCCGCUCGCGGUGCCCCGGAAGGCCUCGCCGAGGCAGUUCCGGGGCGGGCGGCGGCCAUUGCGCUGUGACCGAGGGGACACCGCGGCCAUGGGGAAGCACUUCGGGAACCUGGCGCGGGUGCGCCAUGUCAUCUCCUACAGCCUGUCGCCCUUCGAGCAGCAAGCCUUCCCCAACGCCCUGUCCCACGGCGUCCCCAACGUGGCCCGCCGCUUCGCCUCCCAGGUGUUGAAGGUGGUGCCCCCCCUGGCCCUCGGUUACCUGAUUUAUUCCUGGGGGACGCAGGAGUUCGAGCGGCUCAAGAGGAAGAACCCGGCUGACUACGAGUGCGACCGCUGAGCAGGAGUGCCCGGUGCCCACGAGCAGUGCCCACGUGGCUCCGGAGCUCCCCGGGACCUGCUGUGCUUGUUCCCAUGGCCGGAGGGGAUUAACAGGGAGAUAAGCCUUGGCUAAUAAACUGUAACUUUGCCCCAUGA